UUCACCUUGGGACCUAGCAUCUCUCUCUUUCCUCCACCCUCCUUCUCCACCUCCGGCCGCCGCCAAGGCCAGGCCGGCAUGGUGGUGCGCCUCCCGCCUCAUCACCCAUCUCCAUCCACCACUCCACCAUCACCUCCAUCAAUCAGCAUCGCGCCACCAGCACCUUCCACCAUCAGCCGCACCUCACACUGCCACCAGCACCACCAUCGCAUCUCCAGCACCUCUGCUGCCCAUCGGCUGUUCCUCCUCUCUUCUCUCAACACCCCUUCUGCUUCUCCCUUCUCCAACCUCCUGCUGCUGCCUCCUCUUCCCCAAACCCUGCUGCUGCUUCUUUCUUGAUGCGCCCCUCCUUCUUCUUCCUCGUCUCCUUGCUGCUACUCCUUCCUCUCACGCCCCCCUACUGGUGCUCUUUUUCUUGCGCCAAUCUGCAGCUGCUUCGCUCUCCUCCACAUCCCUGCUGCUACUUCUCUUCUUUCCCUAACGUUGUUGCUGUUGCUCCCCCUUUGCCACAGCUCUUCUCUGAACCCAAACUGCUGCUACUUCUCCCUGUGUGUGUGUGUAUUUUCUGUGAACACUUAGUGUUGAAACUUAUGCAAUUGUAAACUAUUUUACCCUACCUCAAUAUGUGUGAUUCACUUGUCAAGUAGCUGUCUAUUACAUUUAGUACUUGUUCUGAAUUUUAUGUUGAAAUUACUCUAUGUGGUAGUCAGUUUUGUUAUCAUUUUUUUUUCAGUCUCUGUGAUAGCUAUGUACUAGUGACAUGUGUAUGUGAUGUGAAACAAUUGUAUUUUUUCCAUGAUUUUGUUCUUUCCUUGUGUCUCCUACUUGCUAUUUAUAUAUACAUAUAUGUGGUCUUGUCUUGUUAAUUCCCUUUGUUGAGGUUGUCCGUCUGUAGUUUCUAUUUUCUCAAGUGAUAUGAACACACCAAAAAGAGAGCGAGUUUCAAUCUUAAUCUCCUCGUGUCGUUCGUCAUUUUAUUUGUCACCAUUCUUGGUUAUUUUAGGUUUAUAUUUUCUGCUUUCAUCACCCAAUAUCUCGUUACCUAGCUUUAGCCGAGCAUAGCCAUUGUUCGCCUAGUCCCUAUGGAGAACACGACACUCGCAAUUUGGGCGUAAAACCCCACUAUACUUACAAAUGAUCAUUUUGGCGCUGUUGUCGGGGACUAGCGUCGAGCGAUUAUGUUAGGCUAUAGACUUGGUUUACUUUAGUUCCUUGUUUAAUUCAUCGUGUAUUUCAUUUUUAGUGUUUCUUUUGUAUUUUUCCCAUUGUUUCCUCUUCUUAAUAGGAUACUAACCUUCUGACUAGUGUUUACUAUUUAUGAGCGUGCGUAGGAAAUCUGAACUAUUUAUAGGUUGAUUGAUAGUUACACUUGGUUGAGAUAUGGCGAUGCUUCGUGAUGUUUGGAUCCCAAGUAACCAAUGCUAUUUCACAGGGCUACUUUGGCCAUCUUUUGAGGCAGAAAAUUUUGAGCUAAAGCCUGGUAUUAUUGCUUUGGUUCAACAACAUCAGUUUGGAGCAUUGCCUACUGAAGACCCUUAUGAGCACUUGCUCCGAGUCAUGGAGUAUUCAGAUACAGUAAAGUACCAUGGAGUUCCUCAAGAUAUUAUCAAGUGCAUGUUGUUCACAUUCUCUCUCCGAUAUGAUGCUCGUGCUUGGUAUCGAUCCUUGCCAUCAAGAUCAUACAGUUGGAAUGAGAUAUCACAAGGAUUCUUGGAUAAAUAUUUCCCACUACAAAAGCAGUCCGCGAUUCGAGAUGAGAUCUUCAACUUCGUCCAGCGUGAAGGCGAUAGUUUGUAUGAUGCUUGGGAGAGGUACAAAGCCUUAUUUAGGAGAUGUACUAAUCAUGGGCUCGAGAGGUGGUUAGAGCUGCAUAUAUUCUACGAUGGAUUGACUUUGGACACUCGAGCUUACGUCGAUAUGGCAGUGGGUGGAGCUAUUACAAACAAGACACUUAUUGAUGCUUUUCUGCUGAUUGAGAGCAUAGCCUUUCACCAACUUCAGUGGUACAAUGAGAAGCCCACCUCUAAUUCAUUGGCUUGCUUGCAACAAAUCACUUCACCUCAGCAAAAAUGUCUUACGCAAAAGCCGGAACCAGCUUCUCUGUGUGACAAGAUUGAGCUUGCAUGGACUAUCUUUGAUGAUGAUGACACUAUCCUAGUUGACGCACACCCUUCAAAUCAUAUGGAUACUAGUGUUGGAGAUUCAGUUUUGCAUUGUGAUGAUUCUUCCAUGGAUGAGCCAGAGCUGCAGUUAGUUGCUUUUGAUAUUGAGGAGUCACCUUAAGUUGAUAUUGAUCAUGUGCUCCUAGAGACAGAUAUGGAGAAGUUCCCCUUCGAUGAUGUUAGCCGCAUUGAUUCCUCAACACUUGAGCCUGAGAUGGAGAGCUUCAUGGUUGAGUAUGGUGAGGUGGAUUCAGAUGUCAAGCAGCCAAGCUCGACUAUUUCACUUGUUGACACGAGUCCGGUGGAAAUUUCUACUACCACACCUCACUUGGUAUCUUCAAUUGAGGUAGUCCCAAAGCUUCUUCCUAACUAUCUCAGGUAUGAUCUCAGCUUUCUCAACAAGUUAUGUCAGAUCGCUGAUAUUGCCUAUGCACCAUUUGACUUGUUGUUUAUACAUGUUCCUAGUUUGCUCAGUAGAUAUACUUAUAUGAUAGGGUACUCUAUCGAUUACUUAGAGGGCAUUCUCUCUGUCACUUGUAUUGGCUCGGUUGUUGAGUGUUCUUUUAGGUUUACACUUGUGCACCAUUUACGACGAGUUGACCGAGUUCAAGAUGACAUUCCCUGGGAUCCUGGUGGAUUCACGGCAUGGUGAUGAGGAGAAGCAAAGAGAACACAUGAGGAAGAGCGAAGAUGGAGCAUGUAUGAGGAAGCAAAAGGAGAGAGUUGUAGCUUAGAGAGUGAUCAAGCGAGUGCUACUUUGUCAUAGUCCCUGGUGAGCUAUUUCAUGACCCCAAUCUAAAUACCAUCAUCCAUUGAUACAUGCUUAAAUCAAUUGCUAUUUGGGUUGCUUGAGCCAUUUCUUAAACGUUGUCCCACUGAAUUUUACCUCUGACAUAUGGUGCUUGAUGUGAAUAUGUGAACUGAAUUGUGAAUGCCUUGUAAACUAGUUAUCUACAUACUUCUUGCUUUGCUGAUAUUAGUGAAAGUUCUUAGUUUUGAGUGCUCAAAUCCCUAGUACACUAGAAAACUUCAUCAUUUUCUGCAUUUACUUUGAUACACCUAGAUCAUCAAGUAUUAGAUGUUGAUUUUGUGCCAAGUGUGUUCCCAUUUAGAGCAAUCACUUCACCACUAUGGUUUAGCAUGAUAUGUUCUCUAGAUUGGUAGCAUGUGAACCAGACAUGGGUGAGUGAUGAUUCUUGUUUCCUUCCUUAUGUUUCCUGCCAUUGUAAUUCCUUUGUUCAAUAUGUAAUAAUGAAUAUAAGUCUAGUCUACAUAUAGUAGCAUUCCAUGUUCCCUGGAUCGGUGGCAUGUGAAAUUUGGUAGCUUGGACAGUAAUAAAUAAAUAAAAAUGCAAUAUUGUCGAACCAGGUGUAUACCAUGUUCUCGGGAUCGGUGGCAUGUUCCUUCGGGGAGACAAACAAAAAAUACUAUAUAAUUGGUCGAGCCAGGUGUAUAAACUACACCACAACACCUAAUUAGGGGCAGUUAACUGCCGGGAGAAAUACCCGACCAAGGGCAAAUGAACUGCCGGGAAUUGAAUAACUGCCAGUAGAAGUACUUACACGCAGAGAAACUGCCGGGAGAAGUUAACAAACUAGGGCACCAAAACUGCCGGCAACGAUGUCCACUUGGCAGGUCAUCCUAUCUGCCGGCCCAACUAAACCGCGGCCUGUUGUCUACUGGGAGUAUAUGCUACGCGUAUUCAAAGUAGUUGGGCCGUUUCUAAAAAAACAACUGGGCCAAGCGCGUUCGCGUGGGACAAAGGGCGCGCGAGAUGGAAAUAUUCACAAGGGUUCCUUUGGUCGUCGGCUUGAGCCCCACCAGUUCUUCCCCAAAUCUUGCAAAACCUAACCCUCAACCCCGACCACGCCACCGCCGCCGCCACCGCCGCCACCAACCACUCGACCGCGACGCCGGCUUCCUCCCAAACACAGUCGCCACCGACCGCCUAAUCAUCGACGAGCACCCUUCACCGCCUCGUCCCCAUCCCCCGCGCACCCAGCACGUGCUUCCUCCCAAGGAAUGCCGCCGACCGCCCUCCAUCCCCACCACAACAGCGACCUCCUCCACAGGUUUCCUCCCCCGAGCAGGGCCUCCUCCUCCACGAGCAUCCUUACCCGAGAACUAAGUUAGGCUGCCUCCUGGUUCCCUCACCCGAGCAGCGGACCUUCCUGUACGGCCCCUCUCCCGAGAAGCUCCACCUCCUCUACAUCCUCCCCCAGGUGCAGCGCUGCCUCCUUGCUCACCGAGAGCACUUGGCUGGUGAGAUUUCAAUCUUUGCAAACUUUUGUUCCUUUUUUCUUCUGAGCAGUAACUAGAAUGACUUCAGAAAGUGUUUGAGUUUGUAUGUCACUAUGUUCUGAAGAUAACGACCACCUUUGUCAUCCGAUAGCCCAAGUUUUGCUUAUGGUGAAGAGAUCUUCCAUUGCAGCAAAUGGAUGCUCCAACUACGUAAUAAAUCAGUGAAUCCCAGUAGGUGUACUACAUGCAAGCUUCCGGAAAUUAAGUUUCAAGGUCGUGCUGCAAAUAUAGCUAGAGAACUUCUUUCUGUCUAUUUUUCUGCACAUGUAGACUGAAAGUGAAGUAACGCUUCUAGAGUUUAAUAGUUUUAACUAGUGAAUGUGUUAGUUUUAUGAAAAUAUAUAUAUGGGGUUUGAUCUGGAAUUUUCUUCUGUAAUUUUCUAUUGCCAGUUUGCCACUGCUCCCAGUCAUGUGAUUCAGGAAUUUAAUUAUCAUUAGUUGUCUAUCAUAGUAGAAAUCCCUUCAAGUGUUGCAACCUUUAUUAUUGAAUUGAAAAACAUUUGCCUGAUAAUUUAAUUUUCUAGAGUAAAAUGAGAGCAAUUGGGUUUUGUACUGUCGCCCCUACUGGAAAUUGCAUGGCAUCAUGACUUAUUGAAUUACCAGAUCCCCUGUUCUUAAAACUGUUUUUAUUUAGCUUAAUGCUUAAGAACAAAUUCAACCAAAGCUAUGUUCACAGAGAUGGUAAAUAUCUUAAGAUGUGCCUGUGGUUUAGAUUUUAGAAAAUACCUACUCGCAGUGUCACAUGCAAGUAAUAUGACCCUGGUAGUACAGUACCUUGUCAUGCAGGGCCACGAGUAAUAUAAGACUAUUGUUUUGUUGCUGAUAAUUAGAACGUUUGGAUGCUCGUUGUUUAGGUUCUGCGUCUAGUUUGGUAGUAGUGCUGGUGUGUGUGGCUUAGUUACUGAUGUUUUGAGGUACCCCUGGAGGGGGGCGAACUUGAGAUAUGUGAUGUUUUUAGUAAUGGAAAUUGGGAGAUAUGCUCCUAAGUAGAUUUUUUUUUAAAAAGAAUUGGGUCAUGGGGCUAGCUGACUACCAUGCUCUUUUCUCCUAUAUGUAAUUCUUACAAACUAUUCCCUAAUUUUCAUUUGAUGCUUUCACUGAAAUAAUAUUUUGGAUUGUUUGUUUUGUGAUCAGUGUGCAUCUUGUUUGUCCUCUCCACCAAGCAGCGUCGACUACUCCAUACAAGCACAUAAGCAUAUGCCCUUAUGAAGUUAUGAUUAUAUAUUUACCAAUGACUAUUAUGGUUGAUAGCUUUAAAGUCUUUGCUUCUAUAUGCAGCUGAGAAUGACUUAUAAGUUCAUGGCAAAAGCAGCAACAUCAGUACGUAACCACAAGCAAGCUGAGGGGGUAAUAAUCUUGGUAUUUAAGUCUUAGAUUCAGUAUUUUGCUUUUUGGAUACAUGAACAUUGAAAAUUAUUUAGCAUUUCGUUUCUUAUAUGCUUCAUGCAAAUAAAACUGCAGUAAAAUAUGAGCCGAGAUUUUGCUUGGCAUGUGUAUGUAUGCAUGCCCUGAAUUUGCUUAGCAUUUUUAUGCAUACAACUAUUGGAAGCUUUUACAUGUCCUGGAACUGAGCUUUUGCAUGCCCUGUAUUUUCUGAAGCUGAGUCUUUUGUUAUUGGCUAGUACUUGAAACAGAGUCGCAGGCCUCCUACCAUAUAACCAUUUAUGAAGUGCAUAUGUGAUGCCUUAUCUUGUAUUCCUACAAAGAGUCCAGUAUUUUUUUUUCAUGUGUAAAAAGUGGCUGACCUGGCAUUACACUGUUAAGUAUUUUGUACACAUCAGGAAUCUUGUUGUAGAUACACACUGAUCUGAAAAUGUUGCUAGCAGAAAUAGGUUUUCUGUUAGCUACGCAUCUGGUUUAAAACAUGGUAUGACUACUAGCUUUGGAAUAGUAACGCCUUGAUAUUAUCUGAUCCUAUCUCAUGCAUAUUUUAGUUAUUUCCAGACAAAGCUUUAGGAACCAAGUUCACUACAACUCGAAGUCUUGUGCAUGGAGGAGAAUUGAGAUAUUUGCGCAUUUUGUACUAGUCAAAAGAUCUACCAUCUUCUCCUUUCAGGUUGGCAUCAUGGUUGGAAGAUCUUGUGUGCUACUCUCUACAUGAUGUUUCUUCUACAUGAUAGCACUUGACGUCUACAUGAUAGCACUUGAAGUCUACAUGAUGUUUCUUGUAUUCAUAGCUCAAACCAUUUGUUUAGCUUAGUUUGAACAAAAAAUAUUAUUGUCUUACAUGUAAAUAAUGUUUACUAAUGUAGCUGGAUGCUACUAAACGCAUGCACGAAAGUCAAAAUACUAAGUGUUAAUCAUUA